AUUGUGCAGCCCUGUAACGUAAAUGAACUACAAUAACAACAACAAUAAACCGUUCUUAAAAAUUAGUGUGAAUUCCAGCUCCGGCGGAUAUUUAAUCGGAUGUCGGACCCUUGGCUGUUGCCAUUUUAGAAAUUAAUAGUUUGUUUCCGCUUUAAAAUCUUUGAAAUAGAGUUUGACGUCACAUGAUAUUUUGAUAUUUUUCUAUAAUAGCAUUCGUUUUUUAAUCAAGAUUCAGUUUAGAAAACUUCAUCAUCAUAACAAGCGGGAAUUUAGUUGUCUGUCCGUUGCAUCGUGACUCAAUGCAACAACUGAGCAUUUUUAAGUUUCAACAGCUUGAAAAAAAUUAUGGCGGAAGCUGCCGGUAGAAGAAAUAUUUUGCGGGACUUUUGUACCCUUGUUGAAAGAGGUGUAGGAAGUAGCUUUUAUAACUCGAAUUUACCACCUACUCCCACUUCUCCUGAACAAAAUAUCAUUGAAAAUCGUGGUCUUCAGAAAAAGCCAGCUACCUAUAAGUAUGAUGCCCCAGAUCCAGUUUUCUUUAAGACUCCUACAAAAUCCCCCAAGAAAGCUAGUGUGUUUCAAAGAUUGUCAUCACCUGUUAAAACCCCAGUACGGUCAUCCCCAAGAAAGAGACUAAAUAUGACACCUGAAAGUAUUGUUUUAAAUGAAGAAGGUUUUGCUGAACUGACAAUUGCUCCCAAACGUGUGAAAAGAGAGCCACUGAAAAAUGUAAAGCCUAGCAAUAAUUUUGAAAAAAGUUUAAAAGCCCUUAGUCAAUCACAGCUUGUUGAACUUAUUAGUGAUGCUAUGAAGUCCACUCCUGAACUUAGUGAGACUCUAGUUAAAUUGGUGCCAGAGCCAGAUCUUACACCAGUUGAUGCUAGAUUGAGUGUGUUACAACGUACUGUUAACAAGUCAUUACCCCGCAAUGUAUGGGGUUCCCAAGACAGCUCUUUUACUUUUUUGCGUGUUAGAUCUCACUUAGAAGCCUAUAAGAAAGAAUGCCUUGAGUAUUGUGAUCAGUUUUUAGAAAGUGAACAUUGGCCAACAUUUUUUGAAUUUGUAUUUAUUGCCUGGAAGUACACUUUGCUUUUGCCACAAUGGAGUACAGUCAUACAUAACCGAGCCAAAAAUGUUUGUUUAAAACAGAUUAGCACCAAAUGUAUUAAAGCUUUGAAUGAAGCUAAUCUUGAUUAUGAAGCAUUAGCUGAAUUAAUCAACAGAAUGAAGCCAUAUGAAGAGGAAGCUACAGUGAAAAAUUGCAUUAGUGCUGCAAAAUCAUUGAUAGAUAAGAAAUUUUAUCAUCUUUAAACAUUUUCUGUACCUGAAGAGGAAGUAAUCAUCAUUUCUUUAAACUCAUUGUUUUUUAUGAACUAAAUAUUUCAUCAAGUUAACUUUGCUCUGUUCUGUAAGCUAGAAUGUGGUCUGCUCUGAAGACCUGUUACCUUUUUUAAUAAAAUAUUAUGAGACAUUUUAGUCAGAGAGGAGAUUAAUAAAAAAGUUGAGGCUUUUUUUAACAGUUGUCAAAUUUUAGCAUUUUUUCAUGAAUUUUCGAUUAAGAAAUAUUUUUUAUUAUACUUAUUAUUAUACUGACUUAUUAUUUCUAUAGAGAAGUUCUUUGAUACAUCUUGUGAUACAUCACCCCUCGAAAUGUACUCUAACGAGUAAUUUUGAGCAGAAAAGUAUUAUGGUUAAUGAAAUUGAUCUAAAACAAACACAAACUUCCAUGAAUUUGCUUAAUAAUAUUUGAAAUUAAACUAAAUAAUUUUUUUAGUACAAUACUAAUGCAUUUACUAUUUGUACCUUAAUCAAAAUGUGACAGAUUUCGAAAUGAAAUACAUUUAAAAAAAAUUUCCAUUUUGAAAGCAUUUACUGUUAAAUGUAAAUAAUAAUAAAAUUGUUUUCCGUCAUUUUCCAUUGAAUCGAGGUACAGAUUGACAAAUAAAGGAUUGAUUGCCUUAAGUAAAAAGAGAGUAAUUUUUAUGAGUUUACCAAGUAUUAAAAAGUAAAUAAAAUUCUCUCAUUCUUUUUAUUAGUCUGCUCGAAAUUUAGAAUUUCUAACAAUGUGAUUUUAAUAAUAUUUAUGAUUUUAUUACUGUAAUAAUAAGUUGUCAAAGUAUUGUUAAUUUUUUAGUGAUCAUUCAAAAAUGAAUUUUGUCAUUCAGAUUUGUGAAAUACUGUUAAGAAAUAAACUAUAUGCUAUUUCAAAUUCAUAAGUGUUAUGAACUUUUAAUAAUUACAUGUAUGAAAUGUUGCUGUUUCAAAUAAAGUUAUCCAUCUCUUUA